UUCUUCUGUCACUCCUCCGAUCUCCACCUAAGAGCGCCUCAGCCAUUAAACUUCUAGCUCUGUCGCUACACAGUCGGAUACCACAAUCACGACACUAUACAGCAGGGCAACUAAAGCUAUUGGCGUUGAAUUGUAAAAGAAGAUAUUCGAGGGUUUCCGGUAUUGAGGUAAAACAGAGCAUUGGAGUCAAUUAAGGCAAUGGAUUCUUCCAAUAUGACGUUCCCCAUCAAUGGUAAUGCGGGCAGUUUUUGGGAGAUGCGUCAAUCGGGAUACAAUUCCGGCGAUGAUGUGCGUACAGCUGCUUGGACAAAAGGGUUGUGUCACUGGAAUUCCAGACUCAAUGGUUCAUGUUUGUUUUACAAACUGUUAAUUUGCAUUAGAUUUAGCUGUAUGAAGGUAACGAAUCAUUUGCUAUACGCGCCUUCUUUCUUUUUGGAAUUGGGUUAAUUUCACAAACGAUCAUGAAGUUACCUAAAAAUUUCAAAACGGUCAUUGAAGUUACAAACUUACAAAAACUAUCACUGAAAUUUCAGGAAGGUUUCACUAAUGAUCACUAUGUUAUGUUUAGGCCCUAUGAUUUUAAUUCAAACUUAGAGAACCAAAACACAUUAACACACAGCCUUGAGGACCUCAAGUGCAAAUUUCAUCUAAAAAACCUUGAACCUCAUGUUUGGCUGGAAAUUAAUAGUACAGUACUACUUAUAAGCCAUCCUCAAAUCUCAACAGUUCCAACAUCACAAAUCACUCAAAAUUACAAGAAUUCCACAUCUCACUCUCAAAACCCAGAAACUGUUUCACACACAAAAGGAGAUGGAUCCAGCAAAUGAUCUGUUGGCUUCCUCCCCCACACAUUCCUCCAUUUCUUCUUAUGAUCUUCACACAGAGUCUACAGGUUCAUUUUUCCAUGACAGAAGCACCACACUUGGCCUUCUUAUGGGGGUCACCUUGCAGGCCAUCACAUUCAGGGUUUCCUCCUCGCAGAAUCGACAGUCGGAGAAUGCGGGCUCAGCCGCACACUCCGGCCGAAAAACCAAGACACCCAAAAGGGUCGGAAUCGGGGAGCAAUGGGGAUGGAGGAGCAGCGGCUUCGGCGGCAAAGAAGACGAUAGAUCAGGCAAACAAGAUCUAAAUCUGAGCACUCGUACUUACAGAAGAUGGAUAGAAUGAUUGAGUAGUUGUGGGAUUGUAUGUGUGGAAGAAAAGUUUCUCCUCUGCUGUCUCUUUAAGGGCUGUUAGUUUUUGAGGAUGAAGAAAUCAUUGGUUAAACAGAGGGGUAGCCACCCUUGAAGAAAAUCCCCAAUCCUCCUGUCUGUGGUCCUAAUUCGUUUCUGGGUUUUGGGUUUUUUAGAUGAAAUUUGCACUCCUCAAGGUUGUGUGUUAAUAUGUUUUGGUCCUUUAAGUUUGAAUUAAAAUCAUAAGGCCCUAAACUUAACGGAGUGACCAUUAGUGAAACCUUCCUAAAUAGUGACCGUUUCUGUAAGUUUGUAACUUCAGUGACCGUUUUGAAAUUUUUAGGUAAGUUCAGUGACUGUUUGUGAAAUUAACCCGUUUGGAAUUUUAUCAAAUAUAUUGGCUGCACUUCUGUUAAUCUUCCUAAGGUCGUUAUUCUGUUAUUACCAUAUUUUCUACUAAUUCCAGUUCAGAAGCCAUCAAUUUCAAAAGAAGUUAAACACUUAAACUGUAAGUGAGUUUAGAGGUGCUUAGAAUUUAUGAUACCAAAUUGCAGGGUUUCAAGUUAUCAACAGCAAUCCUAAAGGCUUCGUAGUUUUGAUAGUUGUUAGAUUAGAAUAAUUGGGAAACGAGGAUAUUAAGUUGAUCCUUGAUAUGGUACAAUUUGGUAAAAAGAAGGAGAAGAGGAGUAGAUAACCAAUGUGGACAUUCGGUGUUCGGCCAAAUUGAUGUUCGGCAAAAUUGUGUCCGCACUGAAUGAGAGUCAUGGACUUUGAAAUCUGUAUUUGGUAACUUUAGCCUCAAUGGACUUCGUUUAGAUGGUAUUUAACCAUAUAUAUGAUAUAUAGGAUAAAUCUUCGAUUGUUGAACUCCAAGUGAAUCGUUUGUACGAAAUGUGAAGGAAUGAAGCCGUGACUGCUGUGAUAGGCAAGGGAAAAUGUUU